AACACUUCCGCCUUGUAAGAACGACCCUGCGUGCUUGUGUAUUUUUUAUUUAUCCUUUCUGCUGUUUUAGUUGUUAUUUAUUUAGUUCAUAUCGACGGAUAAAAUAGACAUCGCGGUUUAUUAGCGCGUUGUCUCAGUGCAUUUCUCUCUAGCUGUCUUAGCUUGUUAGUCGCUGACAAAGAGACGGGGAAGUUAGCCACACAUGCUAAGUGUUGUUCUUGUGUGAAAACUGCUGCUGCUAAAUAAAUAAUCGCAGUGUUACAAAUAACGUACGAGGACGAGGAGGAAAAAAGAAGAGAACGAGCGACAAAUGGAUUCACAAGCAGCAGACGCCGGUGAAGAAUAUCUUCCCCCCGAGCCACAUCCCCACCCUGUUGAAGAAGACGAAGAAGAAGAGGAGGAGGAGGAGGACGAGGAGCCCCCUUGCAUUAAAGAGGAAGAGGAGGAGCUCUGCAUCAGCCAGGACGACGCCGACGUCGACAAGUUGCCAGUUAUUCGUGUGAUUGUGAAGAGUGAAGAUGAAGCUCAGUGGUCGCAGCUUGACGACAGUCAGAGCGAGGAGAAGAGCGGAUCGGAAGCGGACAGCUUCUCAGAUAGUGACAACUCCACGUCACACUUUCCCGACACUGACAAUGAAAACUCUAAAGCUGACAACAAACACUUAAAACGCUCUCGAUGUGACCAAACGUUUGAUGACCACAUUGGAUUGGAGGAACACAGGACUUGUCAAACGGAGGACAAAACCUUCAGCUGCCCGUUUUGUGAUAAAAGCUUCCCCAGGAAUAGUAAUUUGAAAUUGCACAUGAGAACACACACUGGGGAGAAACCGUUUUCAUGCUCGGUGUGCGGCAAAAGAUUCUCUAUUAAGGGAAAUUUGAUGAAACACUCAAGCACACACACGGGAGAGAAACCCUUCCCCUGCCCGGUUUGCGGUAAACGAUUCUCCCGCAAGGGCAAUUUGAUGGCGCACACGAGGACUCACGCCGGGGAUAAACACCAGAAAACAUUUUCCUGCUCCGCCUGCGCGACGAGUUUCGGCAUGCGCUCGACGUUGUUGAGACACAUGAGAACGCACACCGGCGAGAAACCUUUUCCCUGCGCCAUUUGCGCGCAAACCUUCUCUCAAAAGGGACAUUUGAUGAGACACAUGAGAACGCACAGCGGGGAGAAACCGUUCCCCUGCUCCGUUUGCGGCAAAAGGUUCACUCAAAAGGGCAGUCUGAUGACGCACAUGAGAACACACACCGUGGAUAAGCCUUUUGCUUGUUCGGUCUGUGGACAGAAGUUCUCUCAAAAGGGCAAUUUAAUGAAACACCAGAGGACACACACUGGUGAAAAACCCUUCCGAUGUGAUGAGUGCACUAAAAGCUUCUCUUACAAGUAUCAGCUUAAUCGACAUGAGUGUGUUGGUGAGAAGAUCAGCAGUCAAUGAAUGUAAGAUGUGUUUCUUCCCUUUUAAA